AUGCGUCUCAUCAACAUCUGGACCAACAAGCUUGAGUCUUUCACGAGCGAGAUCCCAACUUAUGUCAUCCUGUCGCAUACAUGGGGAACUGAUUCCGAGGAAGUGACCUUCCAGGAGAUGCUUGUCGAUCCUGGCGAUCGGCCUCCGAGCACAACAUUGAAGCCUGGGUACCGAAAGAUCUUUAGGACAUGCCAAAACGCUCAGCAUUACAACCUGAGCAAUGAGGCAAGUAUUUAUCACCAGGAUCGCCUGCUUCAUCAGGACCAGCGUAUCGAGCAUGCCUGGAUCGAUACCUGCUGCAUCGAUAAAAGCUCUAGCGCUGAGUUGAGCGAAGCUAUCAACUCCAUGUACAAAUACUAUCUUGAGGCAGUCGUUUGCUUUGCCUACCUCUCGGACAUGACUGCGAAUCUAGGGACCUUCGAGACGUCGAGAUGGUUCACCCGCGGAUGGACACUCCAGGAAUUGGUCGCUCCGAGAAGCAUUAGAUUCUACGAUAAGAGCUGGGCGUUUCGUGGCACCAGGCAUACAUUUCGAGACGUUAUACAGAGGGUCACUCACAUAUCGACGUUUGAGUAUACUUCCGAACUUCCAGUUGCUGUGCGUAUGUCAUGGGCUUCGCAGCGCCAUACCACGCGAGUCGAAGACCUUGCCUACUGCCUGAUGGGCAUAUUUGACGUCAACAUGCCACUACUCUAUGGCGAGGGAAAGAAGGCCUUCAUUCGCCUACAAGAAGAGAUAAUCAAGCAAAACCCUGAUCUGUCUAUCUUUGCUUGGACGAACCCACUUCCAUCGAUGUUCUCAGGUCUGCUGGCGGAAUCGCCUCAAUGGUUCAGAGACGGUCAUGAAUUAGAAGCAGCACCCAGCAUCAGGACUGUUUACAGCGAAUUCUCCGUCACAAACCAAGGAAUUCGAUUUCGAGAAUACCCUCUAAAGUACUACAAACCGACCGGCUGCCUCGUGUUAGUACUCGGACAUCAGUCUAGAUCGCAACGUAUGCGACUUGGUUUACUCCUCCGUCAGAUUAGCAAGGAAUUCUGCGUUAGAGUUUCUCCCGAUAGAUUGCUAGACGAAGACGAAUGUUCGUCCUCCUGGGAAAUGACUAUUCAAGUGCCCAAAGUUCUGUCGAGCAGAGAAAUCCUGGACACAGGCCGGAAUACCGUUACAUUAUCCGGGGGAAUAUCAGGGUUUAUACAUCAGUGA